AUGGCGGGUAAUGCGCGCUCCGGGGCCGGUUCUCCGUCGCACGACUUGGCUGGGUCCAGCCGGCUCUUUUCCAAAAGAGCUCGCGAAAUCCAAGCCCAAGAAGGCAUCCCAGGUCUGCCACUCAACCCAUGGGGUGGCCCUCCUACAAGCGGAAAUUCGACUCCUCUUCGCGAGAACAUUCCUGAGUCUCCCACCGACGGCUUUCCUGACUUUGGCCACCUUCCGACUCCCGAAAGUAUGCCUCACACUGGCAGAGCUCGGGCCGGCACAGUUCCUUCUCGAUUGCCCGGCGGUCCGGUCAACGGCCUCUUAAAUAUCCCUGGACUGACCGUCAAAUCUGCUCGAGUUACUCCGGCCCAAAGCCCAUUCGGCAAAUCGCCGUCGCCAAACCUUGACCAUUCCGACGGUGCAACCGGUGGUUCUGCUCUUCUUUCUCGGCUUCGUGCCGGGUCUAUGCCACAGCGUAGCCAAUUCAGCACACUCCCGGGUACGACCUCGCCCUUCGGUCCCUCCAUCUUCAGUAGCUGGAACCCCGCCGGUGUUGGUCGUGAGCGAGGGUCAACUCUGGCAAGCAUCGCAAGUGUUGGUUCCAACGGACCCAGUUCGCCUUCCCAGUCUCAGUUCUCCAAGGAAGGCGGCGGUGACUCUGAUGUGCAUAUGCGCACACUAGACUACCUCGGUCUUGCUGAAACCCCUCAGCCUCCUCGAGCUCAGUUGGCGACGCCCUACAUGGCCAACCUGGAUUUCACCAGGCAGUCGAAUCGCUUCAGGUCAUAUUCAGUCAACAAUAAAGACAGGUACGCCGAUGAAGAAGAUGACUACGAUGUUGAUGGCUUGCCCAUGGAAAGCCAGUACGUUGCUCUCCAGGAUCAGUUAGCUGCCACGAAUGCGGCAAUUCACAGCCACAACCUGGCUGUUCAGGCGUUUGUAAACCAGGCCACGGCCACUCGUCCUCGCGCUCGGACUGCUGGUGUUCUGGAAGCUCCCGGCAACCGGUUGUCUCGAGCCCACAUUCCCAGCAACGUCGGAAUCCCUAGCUCGGUUGCUCCCGCCGAAAUUCGCUUGCAAGAUGGAAAGGAAUAUGAUGACCUUCCUCAGGCAAUUGCUGGCAUGAACCUUGGCAGGUCCAACAGCCGUAACGCUGGUCUUCUCAAUGCAGAAGAACAAGGGUUGGAAGGUCCCACAAGUGCGUUGUGGCUCGGCGGUAUUCCGACAUCGACCACUACAUCGACCCUGAUUGAAAUGUUCAAGUGUCAUGGCCCAAUUUCGUCGGCUCGUGUGCUCACACAUAAGAACUGUGGCUUUGUCAAUUUCGAGAGGGUAGAAAGCUCGGUAGCAGCAAAGGCUUCAAUGAACGGCAAAGAGAUCUUUCCUGGUGCUGGGCCAAUUCGGAUCAACUUCGCCAAGCCACCCUCAGCAUCUAAUACCCCAGGCCAUGACGGCGUAUUCCCAUCUCCCAGCCCCGAUCCGUUUGCGAAGGGUCAGGACAAUGCCAGUGGGCCUGGGCUCACGACUUCUACCGAUGGUACCUUGACAGUUAAUGGGGGUACUUCUACUCCAACUGUGCCACCCAUGGCCGAUUUAGCCGAAGACAUGAUGGAGAUUGUGACGCAGUUCGGAGCAACAGAUGAAGACAAGGCAGCUGUUUCACAGUAUAUUCAAUCAGCGACACAUUACACAGCCUAUGUCGAGGAGAUUCCUCCUAUCCGUGAGCCCACCCACACGAGGGUUCAUGACGCCCCGAAACUCAGGGACAUACGAAAGCGUAUUGAUAAUCAACUCCUGUCGAAGCCUGAGAUUGAGAACAUUGCCGUCGACAUGCUUCCCGAGAUUGCGGAGCUCUCCUCAGACUACCUUGGCAACACUGUUGUUCAAAAGCUUUUUGAACACUGCUCUGACCAGAUCCGAGACGCCAUGCUUGCAGAGAUUGCGCCGCAUUUGGCUGAAAUAGGAGUCCACAAGAACGGUACCUGGGCAGCACAAAAGAUUAUAGCCGUCUGCAAGACACAUGAGCAGAAGACCACAAUUGUUGAGCACCUCAAGGCGUACACUGUGCCCCUAUUCCUUGAUCAGUACGGCAACUAUGUACUCCAGGGCUGUUUGAACUGGGGACCUCCGUAUAAUGAUUUCUUCUUCGAGGGAGUUGUUAGCCGCAUGUGGGAAAUUGCUCAAGGCCGCUGCAGUGCUAGAGCCGUGAGAGGAUGUCUGGAAUCCAAACUUGGCACAAGGGCUCAAGACAUGGUUGUCUCCGCGGCCACUGCCAUACACAGCGCGCAACUAGCAACCAACUCCAACAGUGCACUGCUCUUGACGUUCUUCCUGGAUUCUUGUUCGUUCCCAAAGAAGCGCACAGUCUUGGCCCCGCGCCUGGUUCCUCACCUGGUCUACCUUUGCACCCACAAAGUGGCUUAUGUUACUGUUCUCAAGAUCAUCAAUCAAAAAGCUGAACCGGAGGCUCGAGAUAUUAUACUCAAAGCGCUUUUCUUUUCACCCAACGACCAGGUCCUUGAGGCCAUUCUUCAUGAUCCCAACUGCGGCGCCACGCUGAUCUUCAAGGUUUUAACAACCCCAUUCUUUGACGAGAGUACUCGGACCCAAGUCAUAGAAAACGUCAAGACGGUCCUCCUCAAGAUCAAGGCUCAGCCUAAUCAGGGAUACAAACGAUUGAUGGACGAGGUUGGUUUGUCUACCCGAGCUGCUCCCACUCGCGAAAACAGUAGCACUUCCGAGGGCCGACAGAGACCAACGUCUCGACAAGCCAACAACAGAACCAUUAAUGGCCAGCAUGCCCAGGGUGGACAAUCCAACAACCAGCCCUUCUUCAAUGCUCUUAACGCUCAGCCCAGUGCGGCCGGCUUAGAGACAGGGUAUGGCAAUCAAAGAGGUGACACCGCCGACGCCAACGUUGCUGCAUUCCAACAGUAUGGGCAAGGCAUUAUGUAUGGCACCCCAGCAGGUCCUAUGGCUCCAGCCGUGAGUUUGCAGCAGCUCCAGUACCAGCAGAAUAUGUUGAACCGACCAACGCCGCAAAUGACGUACAGUUAUCAGACAAUGCAAGCCCCGUACGCAACAUAUGGCGCACCCCCAGCUCCAGCUGUUGAUCAGUAUCGCCAGCCAAACUUGGCCAACGGAAGUCCUAUUCAGCCUCCGACAUCUCAGAUGCCCCAGAUACCAACUGGGCAGCCGCCCUAUGCUCCUCCGGGCUUUGGCGUAGGGCUCGGCGGAUACAGCUAUGGCAAUAUGGGUGGGAUGCAAAGCAUGGCGUACAUGCCUCAGGAUCAGAGUAACAAUCGACGUGGUGGUCGCAGAUGA